UGUGCACUUCGUUCGCUGCUGCUACGACAAAAUUGAUAUUUUUUAGGCAGUGUUAUAGCUAUUCAUGUUUAUGGUUAGAAUAAUGAUUUGGGGGGUUAAUCUAUAACCAGAGAAUGUCCUCUGGCAAGUGAGUUUGCAGAAGUGUUUUAGCAGGAAGUUUUGCCUGAGAGGUAGAGCUCAGGCCAAAAACCACCCCAGAAACUCGCCAACUAUAUCCGGUGACAAAAUAAACAGUCUGCGGUUUACGGCAGAUUAACCAAGGAGGUUCUUGACCGGACGAAGAGUCACCUGAGACGUUAUGAAGACUUCGGUUUCACCCAGACUACAGACUUCCUUCUCAGCUAACGCCACCUCCACCAUGACUGCUGCUGUGAGAAAUUCUGCCAGUGUGCCUGUCCGGGGUCCUGGCGAUGGCAUGGAAACUGAAAAACCACCAGCCAUCCUGGAGGUUAACACAGAUCCACUUCCACCAGGUCCAUCUGAAGUUCCUCUCCUGAAGAUAGCUAGUCCAAAGCACAGCCCCAAAUCUACCCAUCCAGCACCACCUGCUGCCCCGCAGCCUCUUGGUGUGCUCCACCUAGGCAAAGUAAGUCGAGAGGCCUGCACAGAGGUGGAGGCUGUGAGGAUCAUGGUUCCACGUGCUGCUAUUAGCCGGCGCACCCGCACAGGAGCCACUGAGGGGAAAGGGGAGACUGGGCAGCAGGCUGAGGAGCAGGGCUCUCCUUCCAUGCCUUUGGCGGAGGACUGGAGAGGACAGCUAGAGAAGCUGCAGAACUCUGAGCGCAGGCUGCUGCAGGACAAAGAAGGCCUAUCCAAUCAGCUCCGUGUGCAGACAGAGGUGAACCGUGAGCUAAAGAAGCUGCUGGUGGCGUCAGUGGGUGACGACCUUCAGUACCACUUUGAGCGUCUGUCGCGGGAGAAAAACCAGCUGAUUUUGGAGAACGAGGCUCUGGGCAGGAGUCUGGCACACACUGCAGAGCAGCUGGAGCGAAUGAGUAUCCAGUGUGACGUUUGGAGGAGCAAGUUCCUGGCCAGCAGAGUCAUGGCAGAGGAACUGACGAACGCCAGAGCAGCUCUGCAAAGACAGAACAGAGAGGCACAAGGAGCAAUUCAGGACCUGUUGUUAGAGAGAGAGGAGUUCUCCAGGCACAUGAUGCUCACCCACAGAUCUCUGGAGCAGCUCUUGGUGUCUCUGCAGUGGGGCAGACAGCAGACGUAUUACCCCAGUGCACAACCCCUGAGCACAGGAGAGCUGGCAGCGGCCAAUAACAAGCUAGCAGACGCCAUCAAUGCCCACCUGCUGGGCAACAGCGGCAACAGCAGCAUCAGUACAGCAAAGAGCAGCAGUGCGUCAGUUGAGCAACUCUGCAGCACACCGGCCGAGAAGAUGGCUGAGAAGGUGCUGAAGAGUUUAGAUCCAAUUUCCUGUUCCGAAAACAAGGCUGAGUCUCCUCUUGGUGACUCCACCCCUUCAAACUUCCUCAACAGUAAGAAGAGCAUCGGCAGGUUUCACCCUUACACUCGCUACGAGAACAUUACUUUUAACUGCUGUGAGCGCUGUACGGGAGACAUCCUGGUGCUGUAGAAGUCACACAGACUCAUUCCAAAUGACUGAGUGUAUCUGAGGUGAUGCUUUUGCGUUUUUUUUGGAACAGCAGCAGACGAUUGUUGCUUGUGAUUUUUACCGACUGUUACGUUUACAGCAUUUCAGAUAAUGGCUGGAAAAUGUGUUGACCUACUGUUUAUUUUUUUACUUCCUUGCUAUUUAACUUAAAUGAUUUAGAGAAUCACGGGAUUACACAUUUCACUGGGAAGAGAGGCCAAGAUAAGUCAGUGUUACAAGGUGAACGGAUAAUGUUAAGUUACAUACACGAUGGAAGCGAUUCACAGCGAGGUGGAGACCAGCGAACAAAGACAGUGAAUGACAUUCUUCAACUUGAGUGAUUAUGGGUAGAAUAACUGCUGGCAAUUGGAAAUCGGCAGGACCCAAAAUCAGCUUUUCUCAACUUCCGGGUGAGCGACUGAAGAGAUUACCAGUAAGAGUGAAGAACAGCAUUGACCGAGCAGAGAAUGGCCACAAGCGACCAGCUGUCAGCUUCAAAGCGAUGUCUGACAAGUGAAUUGCUUCCAGUGUAGAUAAAGCUUUAGGGUGUCUGAAGGCGUGUUGAGUUUUGUUUGCAUAUUCUGACUGUAAGUUUGAGCGUGAGACUUGACAGGACAGUAUGUUUAUCUAAAUACCCUCAGUGAGCUGUUUGUACUGUGACAGGAUGCCUCCUGUAUCGCAGGAGCCACAUUUCCUCUGUAUAAUGGUGCUAUCACAUUUAGGAAAAC